GAACCGCGUGGAUCAUCGGAACCGGGACCAGGACCAGGACCGGGACCGGGACGCCUGCUGGGGUUCCGUCCAUUUACACGGCGGACCGAAACAGUGAAGCAUCAUGGGAGGCGGCAGAUGGACAAGCCGGCCCUGGGCUGAACAGUGACCGACACGCUCUCUCUCGCACACACACAAACACACACCAUGGAGCAAGGCUUCAGCUUGACCACACUGAAGAAGCUAGCGGCGGAGCCGGAUUACACGGACGUGUCGUUGACGGCGGCGGAGCGCGUCCGAGCGCUGGCCAAGAUGGGCUGCAGCGUGGAGAUCAGCGAGGACAUCGCGCCCAGGCGCUACUUCCGCUCGGGGGUGGAGAUGGAGCGCAUGGCGGCGGUGUACCAGGAGGAGGGCAGCCUGGAGAACGCCUUCGUCCUCUACACCAAGUUCAUCACCCUGUUUGUGGAGAAGCUGCCGAACCACCGAGACUACCAGCAGUGUUCAGCCGUUCCAGAGAAGCAGCUCAUCAUGAAGAAACUUCAGGAGGUGGCGUUUCCUCGCAAAGACGAGCUGAAGAAACGACUUCACGAGAAAUACAACAGGGAGCACACAGAGCACCUCAGAGCCCAGGAGGUGACGGUGCUGCGGUUCUUCCCUCAGAGCCAGGCGGCCGUGGUGGUGGAGGGGUGUGGCCAGCAGCUGCAGCGCCUCACCUUAUUGGACGGGGAAAGGCGGCGCCUCCUCCUGGAGGAGGAGAAACGGCGCGUCGCCGCCCUGCGACGCAUGCAGAUCGAGUCGGAGCAGUUCCGCUACUUCGAGGACCAGCUGAGGCGGCAGGACACCCGCAGGGGCGAGGAGGCGGAGCCCAAGGGGGACACCAAGGUGUCGGAGGUGACGGACGGGUCCUGUCUGUCCCGGCAGCCAAUCAGAGACGGCGUACGGCCCCAGGGGGCGGACCCAAACAGAAACAGGCUGCCGCCGGCCGUCAGCCAGCCGGCCGCCACGCUGGCGGGAGUUCACACUCAGAGGGUGGAGGGGCUGCGGCGGGUGGUGAUUCCCCGGGAUCUGACCUACCGGUUUCUGCAGCUGGCCGACUCCAACACGGCCAGAGGAAUCGAGACCUGCGGCGUCCUCUGUGGACGGCUGACCCACAACGAGUUUGUGUUGACGCACGUGGUGAUUCCCAAACAGUCGGCGGGUCCGGACUUCUGCGACAUGGAGAACGUGGAAGAACUCUUCAGCUUCCAGGACCAACAGAACCUGCUGACGCUGGGCUGGAUCCACACUCAUCCCACGCAGACGGCCUUCCUCUCCAGCGUGGACCUCCACACUCACUGCUCGUACCAGCUGAUGCUGCCGGAGGCCGUGGCCAUCGUCUGCGCUCCUAAACACAACGAUACGGGCGUGUUCCGGCUGACCGGUCCCGGGAUGACGGAGGUUUCGGGCUGCAGACUCAAAGGUUUCCACCCUCACUCCAAGGAGCCGGCUCUGUUCACGGUGUGCAGACACGUGUUGGUCAGAGACUCGAAGCUCGGCCUGCUGGACCUCAGGUGACAGACAGGAAGUGCUCGCCGUCUGUUCCCCGCCAGGCUUUUAUUGUGAAGAGGACACUGUGAACGUGUGUGUUUGGUUUACAGGAAGUUUACAGUUGUCGUGGCUUCGUUUGCUUCGUUGUGUUGAUCUGCACACAGAAAAUGGUUUUCCUGCUUUUCUCUGCAUCCGUUUUCCCGCCGCGAUCGGUGGUGCGUUUAGAGCACGUGAAAAAAAGUCGGACGUUGAAAUGACCGAGUGCCUUCUCGUGAAAAAACCAACAACACACAUGAAUGUUUGACAUCUGUGAACUUUUACACAAAGACGACUUUAUAGAAACUGCUUUAAACAGGUUUAUGCUUUUUUUUUUUGUUUGUUUUUAAUGAAGAAGAAAGAACACAGAAGUGUGUUCUGAUGCAGUCAACUCAGUGAAGAAUCUCAUACUGGAAGUUUUUCAGGUAACUGAAGUGUUUUUAGUGGUAAAAUCGAACCAUGAGCCAUCUCAGCUCGCUGACGCUCCUCAUAUUUUAAACUUGUAAAACAUGAGAACCAAGAAACUGGAAAAGACUUGAAAUUAUGUUCUGGAGGUUAGACUUUUUGUUCAGUCACUUUCAGGGAACCAUUUAUUUAACUAAAUAUUUGAGCGCCCAGCUGUGAAAACCCAGAGGAGUGGAUUUUAGUUUCAAUUCCUGUAACAUUAGAAAACAAAGUUGGGACAGUAAAUAUUAUACCUCUUUGUAAGGUCUCCAUUCCUUCUCAGAACACUUAAAAGGUGUUCUGGCUUUUUAUUUUGCAUGUCUGAAGAUACAUUGCUGUCAUCUGCAUAUAUACCGUAUUGGCCCGGAUAUAGGACGACCCUGAUUAUAAGACGACCCCCUCUUUUUCAAGAUUCAAGUUUGAAAAAAGACUUUUUGAACACCAAAUUAAAUUAUUAUACAGAAAAUAAUUACAGUACGUAUGAAACAAAUGAUUAUAACAAUAUAUUUGAGAGAAAAAGCAUGUUAU